AUGUCCCUAGUCUCCGGCCCUGGUAGGGGCGGAUCGACUGGCGGAACGCAGGAACUCUACGUCCAGAAACAUGUAGACUAUAUCAAGAGUCUCAAUACUCGAAGAGAUGAACUCGAAUACUGGCUGACAGAACACCUUCGACUCAACGGUGUCUACUGGGGUCUUACAGCGCUCCAUCUACUCGGACACCCUGAGGCAUUGCCCCGCGACAAGACAAUCGAGUUUGUUCUAUCCUGUCAGAGCGAGGACGGCGGGUUCGGUGCUGCCCCGGGUCACGAUGCACAUAUGCUAUAUACCGUCAGUGCCGUUCAGAUACUUGUUACACUGGAUGCAGUCGACGAGCUAGAGAAGGAUGGACGCGGUGGGAAGGAGAAGGUCGCUUCUUGGAUUGCGAACCUUCAAGACCAUUCAACGGGGACGUUUAAAGGCGACUCAUGGGGGGAGACAGACACACGGUUCCUCUACGGCGCGUUCAACGCACUCUCCCUCCUCCGUCUCCUGCACCUGAUCGACACUGAGAAGGCCGUAGGUUAUAUCCAAUCCUGCGCUAAUUUCGAUGGAGGAUACGGCGUACGACCAGGCGCCGAAUCACACGCAGGCCAGAUAUUUACAUGUGUUGGGGCACUCGCUAUAGCCGGCAGACUGGAUCUUGUCGAUACCGACAGGCUAGGGGGGUGGUUAAGUGAGCGGCAGUUGGAGAACGGUGGGCUAAAUGGACGACCGGAAAAGAAAGAGGACGUGUGUUAUAGCUGGUGGGUUAUGAGUGCGCUGGCAAUGAUUGGGAGGCUGCAUUGGAUCGAUGGGGAGAAGCUGGCCGGAUUUAUACUACGGUGUCAGGAUCCCGAACACGGCGGUAUCGCUGAUAGACCGGAUGAUAUGGUUGAUGUAUUUCAUACAGUGUUUGGGCUAACGGGGCUGAGUUUGCUGAAGUAUCCUGGCCUGAAAGAGGUGGACCCAAUAUACUGCAUGCCAAAGGAGGCGACGGAUAGGGCAUUGGGUCGCUAG